AUGGCCAGGACAGAAACAAAUACUCAGUUAAGAGUAGCCAAAAAUGAGUAUUACACCAAUAAAAUUUCUUGUGAGAGCCAGAAUCCGAAAACUGCUUGGAAGACAAUUAAUAGCGGUUUAAUUGGAAAGCAAAACAGAUCUACUAAAGUGAAUGAACUAAAUAUAGAUAAUGUAAAACUAACAUACCCUGAAGACAUAGCAAAGGGUUUCAAUGAUUACUUUGCAAAUAUUGGUUAUAUAAUCAACUAUGAGUAUCUGUCGCUAAAUAACCUCUCAGAACAUCAGUUUGGUUUCCAAAAGUUUCAGUUGACUGCGUCAGCCUUACUUGAUUGUACAAACGAUUGGAAUUUAAGCAUGGAUCGAAAAUGGUUUAAUUUGGCUGUAUAUUGA